GAAGGUUCACUCCCAGACCUUUCCUUUUGUCUCCUUCAUGGGCCAGACUCUGGCCAACCAUUCCUAUGUGGACCUCAGUCUAGUGGGGACCAGUGAUAGUAACGGUCUUCAGUGUAUCACUGACCUCCACACAUGUUGUAGUAGUUCUCAGGGAGCUCAUCGUGGAGACUGGUAUUUCCCUAAUGGAUCUAUGCUACGAUUUUCUGGAGAUGUUUUUGAAGUUCGUGGAGCUCAGAGAGUUGAUCUAUGUAGUGGUGUUUCACCAAGUCAUGGUAUAUACUGCUGUGCUAUAUCAACUAAUGUGGUCCAUGACGAUUAUGAUAUCUCUGUGAGAGGCUCUUUCUGCGUGGGUUUGUAUCCCUCCAACGAAGGAGCUAUCACAAUAUCCAGAGUGGUGUUUAACUACAGCUUGAAAAUCCUUACCUGCAUCUCUACUGGU